GGAUAACCACGGUGUUGACCAUGACCACUCUGAGCACAGUGUCCAGGACGUCACUACCCAGGGUUUCCUACGUGACGGCCAUGGACCUCUUCGUCACUGUGUGUUUCCUGUUUGUGUUCGCUGCAUUGAUGGAGUACGCCACACUCAACUACUAUUCAUACGGUGCCAGCCCCAGCCCCAGACCCAGGAAGACCCAGAGAAUGGUAAGAUACAACCCUAGACCCAGGAAGACCCAGAGAAUGGUAAGAUACAACCCUAGACCCAGGAAGACCCAGAGAAUGGUAAGAUGCAACCCUAGACCCCGGAAGACCCAGAGAAUGGUAAGAUACAGCCACAGACCCAGGAAGACCCAGAGAAUGGUAAGAUACAGCCACAGACCCAGGAAGACCCAGAGAAUGGUAAGAUACAGCCACAGACCCAGGAAGACCCAUAUAAUGGUAAAAUACAGCCACAGACCCAGGAAGACCCAGAGAAUGGUAAGAUACAACCCUAGACCCAGGAAGACCCAGAGAAUGGUAAGAUACAGCCACAGACCCAGGAAGACCCAUAUAAUGGUAAGAUACAGCCACAGACCCAGGAAGACCCAGAGAAUGGUAAGAUACAGCCACAGACCAGGAAGACCCAGAGAAUGGUACGAUCCAGACCCAGGAAGACCCAGAGAAUGGUAAGAUAGAGCCACAGACCCAGGAAGACCUAGAGAAUGGUAAGAUACAGCCACGGACCCAGGAAGACCCAGAGAAUGGUAAGAUACAGCCACAGACCCAGGAAGACCUAGAGAAUGGUAAGAUACAACCCUAGACCCAGGAAGACGCAGAGAAUGGUAAGAUACAGCCACAGACCCAGGAAGACCCAGAGAAUGGUAAGAUACAGCCACAGACCCAGGAAGACCCAGAGAAUUGUAAGAUACAACCCUAGACCCAGGAAGACCCAGAGAAUGGGAAGAUACAACCUUAGACCUAGGAAGACCCAGAGAAUGGUAAGAUACAGCCACAGACCAGGAAGACCCAGAUAAUGGUAAGAUACAGCCACAGACCAGGAAGGCCCAGAGAAUGGUGCGAUACAGCCCCAGACCCAGGAAGACCCAGAUAAUGGUAUGAUCCAGACCCAGGAAGACCCAGAGAAUGGUAAGAUACAGCCACAGACCCAGGAAGACCCAUAUAAUGGUAAGAUACAGCCACAGACCCAGGAAGACCCAGAGAAUGGUAAGAUACAGCCACAGACCAGGAAGACCCAGAGAAUGGUACGGUCCAGACCCAGGAAGACCCAGAGAAUGGUAAGAGACAGCCACAGACCCAGGAAGACCUAGAGAAUGGUAAGAUACAGCCACAGACCCAGGAAGACCCAGAGAAUGGUAAGAUACAGCCACAGCCCAGGAAGGCCCAGAGAAUGGUACGAUACAACCCUAGACCCAGGAAGACCCAGAGAAUGGGAAGAUACAACCUUAGACCUAGGAAGACCCAGAGAAUGGUAAGAUACAGCCACAGACCAGGAAGACCCAGAGAAUGGUAAGAUACAGCCACAGACCAGGAAGGCCCAGAGAAUGGUACGAUACAGCCCCAGACCCAGGAAGACCCAGAUAAUGGUAUGAUCCAGACCCAGGAAGACCCAGAGAAUGGUAAGAUACAGCCCCAGACCCAGGAAGACCCAUAGAAUGGUAAGAUACAGCCACAGACCCAGGAAGACCCAGAGAAUGGUAAGAUACAGCCACAGACCAGGAAGACCCAGAGAAUGGUAAGAUACAACCACGGACCCAGGAAGACCCAGAGAAUGGUAAGAUACAGCCACAGACCCAGGAAGACCCAUAGAAUGGUAAGAUACAGCCACAGACCCAGGAAGACCCAGAGAAUGGUAUGAUCCAGACCCAGGAAGACCCAGAGAAUGGUAAGAUACAGCCCCAGACCAGGAAGACCCAGAGAAUGGUAUGAUCCAGACCCAGGAAGACCCAGAGAAUGGUAAGAUACAGCCACAGACCCAGGAAGACCCAGAUAAUGGUAUGACCCAGACCCAGGAAGGCCCAGAGAAUGGUACGAUACAGCCCCAGACCCAGGAAGACCCAGAUAAUGGUAUGAUCCAGACCCAGGAAGACCCAGAGAAUGGUAAGAUUCAGCCACAGACCCAGGAAGACCCAGAGAAUGGUAAGAUACAGCCACAGACCCAGGAAGACCCAGAGAAUGGUAAGAUACAGCCCCAGACCAGAAGACCCAGAGAAUUGUAUGAUCCAGACCCAGGAAGACCCAGAGAAUGGUAAGAUACAGCCACAGACCCAGGAAGACCCAGAGAAUGGUAAGAUACAGCCCCAGACCCAGGAAGACCCAGAUAAUGGUAUGAUCCAGACCCAGGAAGACCCAGAGAAUGGUAAGAUACAGCCACAGACCCAGGAAGACCCAGAUAAUGGUAUGAUCCAGACCCAGGAAGGCCCAGAGAAUUGUACGAUACAGCCCCAGACCCAGGAAGACCCAGAUAAUGGUAUGAUCCAGACCCAGGAAGACCCAGAGAAUGGUAAGAUACAGCCACAGACCCAGGAAGACCCAGAGAAUGGUAAGAUACAACUACGGACCCAGGAAGACCCAGAUAAUGGUAAGAUACAGCCCCAGACCAGGAAGACCCAGAGAAUGGUAUGAUCCAGACCCAGGAAGACCCAGAGAAUGGUAAGAUACAACCACGGACCCAGAAAGACACAAAGAAGUGUAAGGCUGUCAGCGUGGUAUGUAUGAGCAAAGCAUGGGCCUCAGAACACAUUAAGAAACAGUUCAGAAACCAUGGCAGUUUUACUCACCAACAUUAUAGUUCAACAGCUGGAUCAUAAAAUCCAGUCUUCCAGUAUGAUUUGUCCACUUCCGUCAACAUUGCUACAGUAUUAUUACAAGAACAACACAUCCAAGAUAAUGACAUGAUUUCAGGCUUGUAAUAUCUUCUGAUUGAGGAGGCCGUCCAGUUCUAUCCUGUGGGAUUUAAAAAUAUAAUGGGGAAUAAGGGAAUACGAACAUGAAGGAAUGUAAUGAUAUAUUCCUUGAUUGGUAUUGGCCCUCUUAGUGCAGUGUUGCUCGGCUCAAUUCACAGAGGAGUAUAACUUAGCUUAUCCCCUCCAAGAGCUCUCUUCAACCAGCUAUGGGCCCUGAUCCUGCAGAGAGAAACAGAGACACGGUGUGUGUCUACAAACGGCACCCUAUUUUCAAUAUAGCGCACUACAAAAGUAGUCCACUAUGUAAGGAAUAGGGUGCCGUUUGGGACGUACCCCAGACCCAGGGGCAAGAGGUCUUUCAGAUGAUGGAGACAUACUGACUAAUCUCCUCUGAUAGGAACAGUAUUACAUUAACAAUUCUCCCGUCUCAUAUUGCCUCACAGGAUUCUCUGCCCCUUAAACACAGACAAUAUGAACCUACUCCUGUCUGGGAUUAGUUUAUGUCUGCAGUAAAAAAUCUUUGUUUACCAUAAUGUAUGGGGAAUUAUGUCUCCUAUACAGUACUUCCCCUGAUUAGUUACAGUAUACUUAUGUAUUAGUAAUAUUACAAUGAUAAGGUUAAUACUAUAUAUUGGUCGGGGCCUGGCCCGCCCUACCGUACCUCCUUGAUUACUUAUCCUGUUUAUCAGUCAGAGCCUGCUUUAUCCAACCGAUCUUGAUAUUAGUCAUAUAACAAUGAAAGAUUUAUCGAUAAGUAUUAUUUUAGAAACCUCUGCUGUUAAAGAAGUACAGCAGCCUUCAAAGUCUCACCUAAAUGUAUUCAUAUGACAGUUUCUUACUUUUAACCCCUUUGAUGGAUCUCUUCUAACAGAGGUUCUGUUAUAUUAUCUCUGAAGUUGUUUUAGAGUCUGUGAUGCUGCUCAACUCUGUCUGAUAUUGAUAGACGUCUAAAGUCUGUGAAUGAGGUCAGGGAUGGGGGAGGUCGUCCCAAAUAACACCCUAUUCCUUAUAGAGUGCACUACUUUUGACCAAAGCCCUAUGGGAUGUGUCUAUAUAGUGAAAGGGUGCCAUUUAGGACGGAGACUGGAUGAUCCCAGCUCCCAGAUCUGAGUGUCAGUCCUCUCUGGAUGCUUACUGCUCAGAUUAAACGCAUGACAGUGCACUUCCUUCCUCUCAAACCUGAUAUCCCACGGGGGGCCAGUAUGAAAAAUUUAUGCACUCACUAACUGUAAGUCGCUCUGGAUAGGAGCGUCUGCUAAAUGACUAAAAUGUAAAUGUCUCUGUGUCCUGGCAUGAUGCUCCAAGAGAGUCACUCCACUAACCAAGUCUCUCUCUCUCUCUCUCUCUCUCUCUCUCUGUCUCUGUCUCUGUCUCUGUCUCUGGUCUCUGUCCUGUCUCUGUCUCUGUCUCUGUCUCUCUGUCUCUGUCUCUCUCUCUCCAUCUCUCUCUCUGUCUCGUCUCUGUCUCUGUCUCUGUCUCUGUCUCUGUCUCUGUGCGAGGGAGAGGGAUAGAGAGAGAGGAGAGAUAGAUAGAGAGAGAGAGAGAGAGAUAGAAGAAGAGAGAGAGCGAGAGAGAGGGAGAGCGACGAGAGAGUAUGAGAGAGAGGGGGGAGAGAGAGAGAGAGAGGAGAGAGAGAGAGAGAGAGAGAGAGAGAGAGAGAGAGAGAGACGAUCUAUCUAUCUCGGUGAUCUCGCUCUCUCUCUAGCGGUCUCUACUCUCUCGGUGUCUCUAUUGAGUAGCUGAGUCUCGUAUAUCGAAUGACCUUCUCUCUCUCCCUCCCUCACCCUCCCUCCCUCCCUCCAGAACUACUCAGUGUUGGAAGUGGGACCCCCCCCUACAGUGAUCACGUAUAACAACUCCCUGUACUGGCAGGAGUUUGAGGACACCUGUGUCUAUGAGUGCCUGGAUGGGAAGGACUGCCAGAGCUUCUUCUGCUGUUACGAUGAGUGUCGAGGAGGAGGCUGGAGGAAAGGACACAUCCAGAUAGAUAUACUGGAGCUGGAUGCUUACUCCAGGGUCUUAUUCCCCACCUCCUUCACUCUGUUCAAUGUAGUCUACUGGGUUAGCUACCUGUACCUU